CAGGCCCUGAUGGGGCCAGGUCUCCUCCCUUAGCAAGAAGGGGUGAGGAGACAGGGCAUGGCAAUGGAAACGGAGCCAGUGACUGUGGACCUCACAGCCCACCCUCCAUCUCAGCAGCCCACAGCCCACACGCCCGUGCUGAGUGCCCAGGACCAGGUGAAGCAUACCCGGGCCCUGCCUCGUGGGAGCUCCUGGCCAGCAGCCUUGAUGAGUCGGUGCCUUCAUCAGCCUGUUUCAGAGAUCAGGAAGCUGAUACUCAUCAACCAGCCCAAGGUCACCCAGCUGGUCAGUGGCAGCCUGGACUCAAAGCCAGCCUUUCCCACUCCAGAUCAGGCGCUCUUUUCUGCUCAGUACCCUGCCUCCCUCCCCUGUCUCUCUACCAGUGGAAUUUCAAGCUUGCACUUCCUCGUUUCCAUGAUAACUGCCCCAAAGCUGGGUCUCCUCCAGGAUCCCAGUCCGGAGGAGGUAUCUAACCCUGAAAGAGGUCUGGCGGCUUGCAGGAGCCUAAGCCUACACCCUUCGGCCCUGGGACCCGGGAGUCGAGUUCCUCCAGAGGCCUCUGGCCGGGACUGCCUGGGGAUGGGGAUGAAUUUACAAAGAGAGCCCAGCGGGCGCCACGGGGCCCAUUCCCAUGCAAAGCACUCGGCCACUGCCAAGGUGCGGGCGCAGCGGGGGCGGCGCCUCCCUGGGGACCGGGGUUGCGAACUCGGCCACUUCAAAGCGUUCCGUUAG